CACAGCGUGAAGUCAUGGACCAAAAUGUGGACAGUGAUCUUCAGGGAACGGAUAGCUCAGGGACUCUUGGAGGUCCUGACGUUCGCCGGCGGAUUCCCAUCAAGUUACUGUCCAAACAGACUGUAAGAAGCAAGCCCAUUGCCCGGACACAGCGUCCAACCCCCAGACUGCCCUCCAAUGGUCAAAGUGAUGACGAGCCUUUCAUCUGCAAGCAGGAGGAGAGGUUUGAGUGCAAAUCUGGAGAUGCCUAUGGAAGUCAGCGAAGGUUUCCCCAACCCUUAUUUUGGGACUACAAGUUGAACUUGGUUGGAGAGAAAGAUGACACGCCAGUUCAUUUCUGUGACAAGUGUGGCCUGCCCAUAAAGAUAUAUGGCCGAAUGAUCCCCUGCAAGCAUGUGUUUUGCUAUGAUUGUGCCGUGCUUUAUGAGAAGAAAAGUGACAAGAUGUGCCCAGGUUUGUCCCUGUACAGCUGCACAGACCCGGUCCAGCGCAUCGAGCAGUGUCAGCGUGGUUCUCUCUUCAUGUGCAGCAUCGUGCAGGGCUGCAAGCGCACCUACCUCUCUCAGCGGGACCUACAGGCCCACAUCAACCACCGCCACAUGAGGGCAGGCAAGCCUGGAGCUUCGCGCCCUGAGCCUGCUCACCAGGCCCCGACUCCUUCUACAGCCUCCGACCCACCAGACCGCUUCCGCCUACCACCGCCACCCCACCUGCCCAAGGCCCACACUCUGAUCCCUCCCCCACUGCAGGCUCACGAGCCCUAUGGGCAGCCACCCUCAGCCUCACCCUCUGCUGCCGAGCUGGGGCCUUCAUCUAGAGCUCUACCACCAGAGACUUUCCGCAUAGCCACCGUGACCACACGCAAGCACAGCAACCUCAUCACUGUGCCCAUCCAAGAUGACUCGGGGAGCUCUGGCCCCUCUCCACGUGAGGCUCUCCCACAGACUCCCCCUGGGCCGCCGCCACCACACCACCAUCCUGGGGACUACCCAGGUCAGUCUGUGGUGUCCCAUCCUCAUCACAUCAUGCCCCCACCUCAGCAGCAACAUUAUGGGCCUCCCCCACCUCCACCUCCCCCUCUUAGCCACCCCAUGCAGCACCCUCCCCAGGCCUCAGCUGCUCCCCACAUGGUCUACAACCAAGCGCCUCCAAUGUCCACUGCUCCCCCUCCCAUCACCCCGCCACCUGGACACAUCAUUAACCAGCUGCCCCCAUUCAUGAAUCACCCUCUUCCUGGUCCUCUCCCUCAGCAUGGGGGUCCUCCAGUUAGUGGACCACCUCCACAUCACUAUAACCCUAACUCCAUGCCACAGGACCAGGGCACCCUCAGCCCACCCUUUACUCAGCCUGGAGGUUUGAGUCCAGGCAUGUGGCCUGCUCCACGAGGCCCUCACCCUCCUCGCAUGCAGGGGCCUCCUCCCCAAGGUCAGAUGCCCCACCACCCAGAGCAGGCCCGUUAUAGACCAUACUACCAAUAACACUUGGUUUGUGUCAGUAUGAGACAGUUUGAACAAUGACAUCACUGAUAAUUUUAGUCAUAUCAGUACAAAGGCAGAGCUGCGUGUAUGUGUCUGUAAUAACAUGAUUCACCCGUUACUGUUUUGUAAGCUUAUUGGGUAUUCUGUCUUAUAACAGAUAAAUAAAUGUGUAAUUGUAAGUUUUGGAAGAAGAAACAAUGGUGCAGUGCAGUCGUGUUAUCCUACUGAGGACAUCUUUUUAGCUUGAACAGUUUUCUUAACCCAAGAACAUUUUAAACAUUUUAAAAAAAUCUUGUACCCAUCGACUGCAAUAAAUGACACUUCAACAGGUGAAUGUUUUUACUUAAUGUUGUAUCGUUCUUUUUUUUUUUUCUUUUUUUUUCCUUCACUGGUUGGGCCCAGUUUGUCUGCUCAGUUGUUUCACUGAUCCUUUUUGGCUUCCUCAAGUUGUAUUGCCACACAAAAGGGUAAAAAUGUAAGCAUUUACUGUUCUUCGGGACCAAAAUAUUGAGACAUUUUUAAAUGUUGGUUGAAUAAUUAAUUUAUACCUGUUCUGUGAUUCAUGCACAGAGUACAAAUAUUUUAAUAGACCCUAUCAGAUGUGUUAAAUCACCUCUUUAGACUGUCAUUCCACUAUAUGUAGGUGUAGUCUUGGUAGGACAUAUUAAUACACAUUUUAAUUACCAUGCAGGUGUGAGAUUUAUUAAUUAGCUAGUGAGUUCAGUCAGAAGUUUCAGAGUGUGAUGAACACAUUGAGUGGGACUGUGGCUUGAAUAGAGAUGUAUUCUUGCACUGGUGCUGGUUUGGUUUGUCCACAGGGGGAUGCUGCUUGCAACAUGUCCAUGCCACUAUUUCGCACACAAAUAUACACGUUAAACAAUAAAUAUUUUGAACUACAACAUUGUAGUUCAUUUGUA